AACAGUAGAUUUAAUAAAGUCAGUGUUCUUUUCUUUUUUUUAAGUAUAUAUUUAGAUAAAGCAAAAAAAAAACUUUUAAUUUGUUGCUAAAAUAAUUGUGACGGAGAAAUUUUAUUUUCUUCUUUAAAGCACAAACAUUACAAGUGGUAUAUAUUUACCAGUAAAAUAUUAAAAAAUGAAUAUGGACACGAUAGAUAUAAAACAAUUGGAAGAGGCUGUUAUCGUUUUUUAUAGGUCUACUUCGCAAGAGCAAGCAAUUACACAUGAAUGGUUAACUAAAGCUCAAGCAAGUCCCCAAGCAUGGUCUUUUUCAUGGCAAUUGAUGCAACCUGGAAAAACGCAAGAAGUGCAAUUUUUCGGAGCUAUAACCCUACAUUCAAAACUAAUGAAGUUUUGGACGGAAGUACCCCCUGAAAAUCGUGAAGAAUUAAAACAAAAGCUUUUAGAAACAAUAAUUCAGUUUGCAAAUGGACCAAAAAUAGUUCUAAAUCGACUAUGUAUUUCUCUUAGCGCAUUUAUUGUUCAUAUGCUAGGAGAAUGGAAUACAGCUAUAGAAGAUAUCAUAAACACAUUUAAGAACUUGCAAAUUCCUAAUGUAACUGCCGAUAUGCAAUUAUGGAUUAUGCUUGAAGUUUUGCAAGGAAUUCCGGAGGAGGCCAAUGCGAUAUAUACAUCAGUUAAACGUGCAACGCUACGUGUGGAAAUUGCGAAAAAGUCGCCAGUAGUUAUUCAAACAAUUGAAUCUUACUUGGAAGCUCAGUUAGAAAGGAAAUGGACUGAUGAAAUGUUUAGUAACAUGAGUAGAGCUGUAAAAUGUGCUGGAACGUGGAUCAAAAAUUUGGGAUAUUGCAUAGAAAACUGUGUUAAAUUAUCGGAUAUUUUAUUAAAAAUAACAAACAAAUGUUAUUGGAACUGUAUGCAAGAUGAAGAGGCUGAUGAAUGCAUGACUGCAGAAGAGAAUGAUUUGGCUGAAACAUGUCUAAAGACUUUAGUUAGCAUUAUCAUCCAACCAGAUUGUCAUAACUAUCCCAAGACAGCAUUUCUUUUAAUUAAAAUGUUUUUGGAUUCAUUAUGUGGUAUAACAAAAUCAGAAUGCAAGGAAAAUAAUAAUAAUGAAGACAUUGUUGUGAACAUAUACACUUUGUUUAUAUCGGCGAUUGAACGUCACUCUCAAAUACUAUUAACUGGAAUAACAACAAGUGAUCCGGAACAUUCACAAUUAUAUCAAAAACUUGUUCAUGAAAUUUUGGCAUGCACUGAUAAACCCGGAAUAUUCCCGGUUGAAGAAUCUUGUAGCACUUUAGCCAUGGGAUUUUGGUUUAUGAUGCAAGAUGAAGUCCUCUCUAUACAAAAUACUCAAGAUAAAUUUGAGCAUUGGGCUAAAAUUAAGCCACUAUAUGCUCACUUAACGACAAUUUUAAUUAGAAAAGCUAGACAACCUGAUGAAACCUCAAUAGACCGCUGGUGCCCAGAUGAUUUAGAAAGCUUCCGCUGUUAUAGGCAAGACAUAUCAGAUACUUUGUUGUAUUGUUAUGAUGUUCUUAAUUAUUCAAUAUUAGAAAUACUGUCAGAGACAUUGGAAGCAGCAAAAUCUGAAAUGGAAGUUAACCCAAAUUCUUGGACAAAUUUAGAAGCUUGCAUUUAUGCUUUUCAUUCAAUAUCAGAACAUAUUGAUGGAUCUGAAAAGAUUUUUAUACCAAAAUUAAUAAAUACUUUAUCAGAAAUUCGAUACAAUGCUGUGAAUGAUAAAUUAUUAGGAACAGCAUUAGAAUGUAUUGGUUCAUAUUGCUUAUGGUUUCUUGAUAAUCCGAUGUAUAUUGGAAAUGCUAUACGUCUUUUAGUUGAUGGACUUAACUCGGCACAAUCUUCACAAGCUACCUUGGGUUUAAAAGACAUUUGCCGAGACUGUCAAUUGCAAAUGAAACCAUUUGCCGAACCUGUGUUGGUUGCAUGUCAAAGCGCUCUGGCUAGUGGUAGAUUGAAAAAUACAGAUAGUGUUCGAUUAAUGUAUAGUAUUGGAAAAUUAAUGAGCAUGCUCAACGUAGAACAAAUUCCAACUUAUUUAGAUAUAAUUGUAAGCCCAUGUUUCGAAGAAUUGCAAUUAGUUUGCCAAAGUGGUGCAAAAACUCCUUCAAAUAAAAUACGAACACUUUAUCGCUUAAAUAUGAUAUCAACAUUAUUCUCAUCUUUGAACACUGACUUUGACGAUGAACAGAUUGAUGAUCUUCACAAUACUCAACCAGUGCUUUUAGUUAUGCAAAAAACUAUGCCUCUUUUCAGGCAAAUUGCAGAGGUUUGGAUUGAAGAAACGGAAGUGGUUGAGAUGGCGUGUAAUGCUCUAAUACAGGCACUUAAAAAUCUUCAAAAUGAUUUUAAACCUAUGCUUCAAGAUAUGUGCUGUUUCAUAAUUUCAAUCUUUCAAAACAAAUGUUGUGCUCCUGCGUUAGAAAUAUCGAAAACGGCAAUUGUUCUUUUUUAUAAGGAUGAAAGUUGCAAACCAAUGAUGCAAGAACUUUUUAUUCAGUCAGUAUUGUACACAGUAAGGGUUUUUGAGCAAACUCAAGAAAAUCAAUUUUCAAAUAUCGCUGAUUUAAUUGAAUCAUUCUUUUCAACGAACACUCAAAUGAUAAAAAAAUCACCAUCCAUAUUUGAAAAUGAAAAUGUGGACUUAAAAAAAUUAAUAAUGUAUGCUUUAAAAGCUGUAACUCUUCCUGAAACCGGACCUGUCAAAAAUGGUAUACAAUUUAUAUCCCAUUUCAUAAUGCAAUCACGAAAUUUUACAAAUAUGACGAAAACUGUACUGGAAAGUGGUGAAGAGAUUGUAAGAUGCACUAUUCUUUGCAUUGGCUGUUAUACCCCUCGGGCUUUGGUUGAAUCUUUUGCGGAUAUUUUUUUGUCAAUAAAUAAGAAGUAUCCCGCUGAACUUGUUGCUUGGAUGAAAUUAUUAGCAACACCAAAUUUUCCCACACCAAAUGUGGAUGAUGCAGAAAAAUUUAAGUUUAUGUCGCAAAUAAUCAGAGAAAAGGUAAAUAAAAGAUUAUUACAAAACUAUAUAGCUGAUUUCGCAGCUAGAUCGAGAGGUUUUGUAGAAAAAAUUUAAAAAGUAAGAGAUGAUAUAAAACUGCAUGCAUAAUAAUUAUUGUAAUAUUAGAAUUUUCCUAUUAUUGUAGUAUAUAUUUAACCGAAUUUCAAUACACCUUUCAUGUUUUUGUCAUGAAAAGUGAAUAGAUUUAAGUAUAGUUCUUAAGAAUAUUGUGAUAAAUAGUGUUUUAAAGUUUACUGUUUAUUUCUGCUCUUUAAAUAAUU